UCUUCCUCGUUCUCCUCUCGCUCCUCACGCGCGUGGUGGCCGUCGCCUCCGUCCUCCCGGCCUGUUUUCUCGUCGCUCAUCGCCAGGAUCAUGAAGGUCGCUAGUGGUAGCGCCGCGUCCGCCGCGGGCCCCAGCUGCGCGCUGAAGGCCGGCAAGACGGCGGGGGGCGCGGGCGAGGUGGUGCGCUGCCUGUCGGAGCAGAGCGUGGCCAUCUCGCGGUGCGCGGGGGGCGCCGGCGCGCGCCUGCCCGCCCUGCUGGACGAGCAGCAGGUAAACGUGCUGCUCUACGACAUGAACGGCUGCUACUCGCGCCUCAAGGAGCUGGUGCCCACCCUGCCCCAGAACCGCAAAGUGAGCAAAGUCGAGAUCCUCCAGCACGUCAUCGACUACAUCAGGGACCUACAGUUGGAGCUGAACUCCGAAUCCGAAGUGGGGACCCCCGGGGGCCGGGGGCUCCCUGUCCGCGCCCCGCUCAGCACCCUCAAUGGCGAGAUCGGUGCUCUGGCGGCCGAGGCGGCUUGUGUCCCGGCGGACGAUCGCAUCUUGUGCCGCUAAAGCGCCGCGCUCAGGGACAGUUGGACCCCAGCCCUCCAGGAGGCCAGAGGAGUAUGGGCUCUCCGUCCUCCCUAAACACCGUGCUGGAGUCGGGAGAGAAAACAAGACCCGUCGGUGGCCAUUGCCCUUGCCGGAUUCGGGCUCCGGGCUGGAGAAAAUAGGGCAGGCCGACUGCCUUCUUCACACCUACCAUCUCUCAAGAGACUUUGGGUGGGGGGAGAGUACCUCUCCCCUCGUGUGUUUCUAUUUUUUGAAAAGCAUUUUAAAAAAUGGUCACGUUUGGUGCUUCUCAGAUUUCUGAGGAAAUUGUUUUGUAUUGUAUAUUACAAUGAUCAUGGACUGAGCAUAUUGUUUUACAAUAGUUCUGUGGGGAGGGGGGGGGUGGCUUGUUGUUAUUAAACAAAUACUUUAAUGGAAAA